AUUUUUUCAAGUUUUGGCGCUUUUUGGGCGUUUUUGCGAUAACGGGGGCCGUUUUUGCGUGGUUUUUAUGUGCGGUUUGGUGGUUUUGGUGACUUUGGCGAGCAUCGCCGAGCUCAGCCGAUAACUAAUCAAUGAAGGUUUUCGGGAUGGUUAGCACCUAAGGUUGAGACUGGACUGGCGGCCAUUUUGCGAACCAGAUGAUGUCUUUGCCGAGCAGCAUGGGGCCGUCGAAGCUCAAAAAGAAACACUUCAGGGUGAAGCACCAGAAAGUCAAGCUUUUUAGGGCGAACGAGCCGUUUCUGUCGGUCUUCAUGUGGGGGAUUAACCACACGAUUAAUGAACUGAUGCAUGUCACCAUCCCUGUCAUGCUUCUGCCAGACGAUUUUCGGGCCUAUUCCAAAAUCAAAGUUGAUAAUCAUCUGUUCAAUAAAGAGAAUAUGUCCUCGCAUUUUAAGGUUAAGGAAUACUGUCCUUUGGUGUUUAGGAAUAUCAGGGAGAGGUUUGGAAUUGAUGAUUUAGACUAUAAGGAAUCUCUGACUAGAUCGCAACCCUUGCCGGAAGACUCAAGUGGCAAAAGUGGCGCCAAGUUUUACCAAAGUUUCGACAAACUCUUCAUCAUUAAAACACUGACUUCUGAAGAGGUCGAGAGGAUGCAUUCGUUCCUCAAACAUUAUCAUCCGUAUAUUGUCGAGAGACACGGCAAAACCCUCUUGCCUCAAUACCUCGGAAUGUACCGUCUAACAGUCGACAAUGCUGAAACCUACAUUGUCGUAACCCGAAACGUUUUCUCAAACCAUUUAAACAUCCAUCGAAAAUUCGACCUGAAAGGUUCGACAGUCGACCGCGAAGCGUCCGAAAAAGAACGCGAAAAAGACCUUCCCACGCUCAAAGAUAACGAUUUCGUCAACGAACAAAUGAAAGUUUACAUAGGCGAAGAGGCCAAGCAGAAAUUGAUGGAUACGUUAACGGCCGAUGUGGAAUUUUUGACCAAAUUGCAUUUGAUGGAUUAUAGUCUUUUGCUUGGAAUCCACGAGGUGGAGAGAGGCGAGCAAGAAAUGGCAAGGGAAAGAGAAUUAGAGUCGGAAAAUGCCGGACAAGAGUCGGACGAAAGUGAGAGUGGAUCGGGUUUAGAAAGUCGAAAUUUUGGGUUUAAUACGCCGCCAGAUUCGCCGAACGCACUUGCUCAGUUCAUGCGAGAACAUAGUCUGCAAUAUGAAGGUGGGAUAAUCCCCGAACUGGACAUCUAUGCCAUACCCAGCUGCGAGUCAGCCCCCGUGAAGGAGAUCUACUUUAUCGCCAUAAUCGACGUACUUACCCAUUACGGCGUAAAAAAGCAGGCAGCAAAGGCCGCCAAAACGGUGAAAUACGGCUCAAAUGUCGACGGAAUCAGUACCUGCGAUCCGGAACAGUACGGCAAGCGAUUUAUCGACUUCAUAAGCAAAGCAAUCGAAUAGAUCGCCGGGGGGAAAACAGUUCUUGCUUUUUUCUCGUUAACGUUGUGUUGAUAAUUGUAAAUAUGAUAUUUUAGAUAUGUACAUAAACGAUGUGAUGAAGAUCAGUUUUUAAGUUGUUGAUAGUCAAUUCGGAUGCAGUCGUGUUUUCCUGCUAGCACUGCAUUGGUCUCUUUCUUAUUCACACGGAGGAAAGUCAAUGUUUCAUUAGCAGUAUUAUAAGGCCCCCAGUUUUUCAUUAGGACAACAGAAUCAAUGUAUUAAGUGGUUAAAUGGGAACGAAUUUAUUAGUUUUGUCGAAAAAUUUGGCUUGACUGAUUAGAUUUCGCCGAGUUAGAACUACGUUAAGGCUUCUAUUGAGUUUUCGUUUGGGUUUAAGACAAUAAUGACUUGUCUCAAAAAAUGGAAAGGAUGUAAUAUCUUAAUACAGUUUUUACACUUUUUAUAUCGAGUUUUUACUACUUUUAAAUGAAUUUCUUGUCUGCGCUGCGCCGGUUUUUCGAUGGUAUACGAUCAUUGGGAUUAGUUUUGCCAAAUGAGCUUUAAUAUCUAUACUUGUUAUUUUGUAUUUAAAUUUUAUAUCUAGUCUAUGUUAUUAUUGAUUAUUGCUAUGGUAAUACUUUGUAAUAAAUUUUCAAUUUUCACUAUCAGUAUAAUUAAGGUAACUUGUCUUUAUAUGUAUCAGCUGUGUUUUUUUCAUAAUAAAUCAAGAACAAAACUUUA